CUUGUAUUAAAAAAAAAAAAAGAUCAUUGUGCGGUUUUUAAUUCAUUUAACCUUUUAGAUUGACCAGAGCAGGCGAACUGUCGUUUACUCUGUUUCUGUUUCGUCGAUGGAAAUAAGCAAAUGACCGCCCUGAUGCAGCACAACGAAGAAGAACAAGAAAUAAUGGAAGUGAGCAACAGGUUCGCAGUGAUAAAGAAUCACAUAGAAGAUGCACCACAAGAGUCACACUUCGAGCUCAAAACUGAGAGCUUAUCUCUUUCACUUAUGGCUGGUUCUGACGACAUCGUCGUCAAGAAUCUCUACAUCUCCAUUGACCCCUACCAGAUCAAUCGCAUGAAGAGCCAUAGCUCCUCUCAGAAAUCCAUUAACUUCGCAGCCCCCAUCACCCCUAAUCAGGCAAUUGACGGUAUAGCCAUUGGCAAAGUGGUGGUUUCUGGGAAUCCCAAGUAUCAGAAGGAUGAUGUGGUUGUAGGAGUAUUCACUUGGGCUGAGUACAGUUUGGUUAAAGAAGCAAGCAUAAUUAACAAACUUAACAAUUCUGAGUUUCCACUCACUUAUCAUAUUGGAGCUCUGGGGUUCAAUGGACUAUCAGCUUAUGCUGGGUUCUUUGAGGUGUGCAAACCCAGAAAAGAAGAGAAAGUAUUUGUAUCUGCUGCUUCUGGAUCUGUAGGAAGUUUGGCAGGACAAUAUGCAAAGCUUUUUGGUUGCUAUGUGGUUGGUUGUGCUGGAAGCCAGAAAAAGGUGGAAUUGUUGAAAAACAAGCUGGGAUUUGAUGAUGCAUUCAACUACAAAGAGGAAACAGACUUAAAAUCUGCUCUCAAAAAGUACUUUCCAGACGGGAUAGACAUAUACUUUGACAACGUUGGUGGAGACAUGUUGGAGGCUGCGGUGGAUAACAUGAAUGCAUUUGGAAGAGUGGCGGUGUGUGGGGUGAUAUCUGAGUACACUGAUGCAAAGAAGCGAGCUGCACCAGACAUGCUCAACGUUGUGUACAAGAGAAUCAACAUCAGAGGAUUCCUGGCCGCUGAUUUCUUGAACCUUUUUGCAGAUUUUGUGUCACAGACAUCGGAUCACCUUCGUAGUGGGGAAUUGCAGAAUCUUGAAGACAUCUCAUCUGGAGUGGAGACCAUCCCUUCUGCUUUCAUUGGACUUUUCCAUGGGGACAACAUUGGCAAGAAAAUUGUCAAAGUUGCACGAGAGUGAUGGAGAGAAUUUGAUGUGAAACUCUCUUCAUCUUUAUGAAUAAAAUUCUUCAUAUCUGCA